AUGGGUUUUGUAAGAAAAUGGGAUUCUUCAUGUCCGCGGGUCUACGAUAGUUGGCACAGCAAUGGUGCCAAGUGGUCGAUACAAGACCUCCCGCCAGAAGACGAUAAAAAAGCUCUGCAUCUUCUGAUUAACUACCUCAUUCCUGAUGAACCCCUUUGUUCUCUUAGCAAGUUCAUCGAUGAUCCGGAGAGUUUAAAAUGUAUAACUGAUAUCUGGCGAGAAUGUUUAAGGCAGAGAAUGACACUCGCUUGUUAUAUUGAAGAAGAAGGUGAGAAAACUUUAGCAGCCCUAAAUGUUUGUAUUGUAGACGACGUUGACGAACGAUUUCCAACAAUCAAGGUGGAAGGUGAGGCCUGGAAAAAUGUCUUCUCUGCGAUGGAGUAUGUGCAGCGAAAAUGUGAUCCGUUUAAAUAUUUGGGCUGUAGUAGAAUACUCAAUGCCUUUGGCUUGGUAGUAAAGAAAGAGUAUAGAGGUCAAAAGUUAGGAAGCAGGAUUUUAUCAGCAAGAGAACUCCUGUGUCAUCCUCAUGGUAUACAAGCCACUUCUACAAUAUUCAGUGGUCCAGCGUCACAAAUAUCAGCAGUUCGAUGCGGAUUCAAACCAAUAUCUGAAGCUUCUCUAAAAGAACUCGCCGAAAACGGUUUGAAAUACCCUCCAGAUGAGAACAGGUCCAUAAAACUGAUGGUCAAGAGCUUUGUUUGA